CCAUAAGCUUUAACCCUUUUUGCCGUCAUGCGCAUGUGAUCGAAUCAAAAAGAGGCUCGCACACAAAAUAAACACAUCAGCAUAAUAACAUCAGCAAUUAUUCAGGCGGCUCUCAAUUUUCGUCCACAUUGAGCUGUGAUAUACCAGAAAUCUUGCCGAUAAUAAAUUUUGAAAUGUCGAACAAUUUCAAACCGGUGACCCACGUCAUUUUCGACAUGGAUGGAUUGCUGUUGGAUACGGAGAGAAUUUACACGCAGAUCACACAAAUGAUUUCGGACCGCUUCGGCAAAGCGUACACUUGGGAGCUGAAACAGUCUUUGAUGGGCUUCACGGGCAAGGACGCGGCCCAAAAACUGGUCGAAGGGAUUGGUUUGCCGAUCACACCUGAGGAGUACAUCAAGGAAUCGCACGUUUUGUACGACCAGUACUUUCCAACGGCAAACCUCCUGCCAGGUGUUGAAAAACUUGUACGGCACCUCAACAAGCACAACAUUCCCAUCGCCGUUGCCACUAGCAGUGGAAAAGAGCCCAUGGCUCUAAAAACUCAAAAGCACACCGAGUUGUUCAAACUCUUCGAACCAAUUGUGUGCGCCUCGUCCGACCCCGAAAUCACCCACGGCAAGCCAGAUCCGAGCAUUUUCCUGGUGACCGCUUCUCGAUUCAAACCUCCAGUCAAACCAGAACAAUGUUUGGUUUUCGAAGAUGCGCCCAACGGGGUCAAAGCAGGAGUGGCUGCAGGAAUGCAGGUCGUGAUGGUGCCUGAUCCAAGAGUGUCACCUGAACUCAGAGAAGGGGCAGCUUUGGUGCUUGAAACUUUGGAACAAUUCAAACCGGAAGAUUUCGGACUUCCACCGUACUCGGACUAAUCAAAAAAACAAAACUUGUCAUUUUUUGGAAAUGAAGAUUCGGGCUUUUCCUCGUUGCAAAAAAUUGUUUUUUAUUCAAAAACAAACGGCUCUACCAGUUUCGGUCACGGUCUGCGACCCUAUUUCAUGAGCAAGAAAAAAUACAAAUACAUGGUCAGAUGCAACGGUUAUUAAAUUCGAACAAAAUCAAUCAAAAAGAAAAGUGCUGGAAGCAAUGGCAAUGGCAUGCGGUAAUAAUGUAAUAAGCCAACCGAGCCACCAAUUCGAUCAAAGGUGGAUGUCCUUUUUGAGAGAGGAAGCAAACAGCUUUUUCUCGAAAACGCAUAAUGUGCCCGACGUCAUUCGGCGCCCCCGUGGUCGGCCGCGCCGCGCGCUAAUCACCCAAUAAAGAUCACCUCCCCCAAUCAAUCUGUCUUUAGCUAGCUCAUUCUUGUAUUAGUCAGCGAGCAGCGCGUUUGCUCAUGAAAUAGGUUGGUACUUGAAUUUGUUAGUUUUAAGAUUUUUAUUUUUAUGUUAAAAUGUGGUUUUAAAUUUUGCUGAUUUUUUGUAUUUUUUCUUGCUCAUGAAAUAGGGUCGCAGACCGUGACCGAAACUGGUAGAGCCGUUUGUUUUUGAAUAAAAAACAAUUUUUUGCAACGAGGAAAAGCCCGAAUCUUCAUUUCCAUGAUCAUCUCCUCGAGUGUCAACUUCUUCAAACAAAUUGUCAUUUUUUACUUAAUUUUGUAAUUAAGAAGCUGCAAUUUUCUAGAAAGGAAUAAAAUUUUAUUUUAUUGA